AUGGAGCUUAGAUCCCUGUGCUCUUCAAAUGGGGAGUUGCGUCUUGGCAAGUUCGAGUGCGCUGCCUUCCAAAACCUUAAGCAGCGCUUGGUUUCGGGCCCCCCUCGGGCAAUCCCCACGGCGAUACCGAGAGGGUGUGCUUGCGUCUUCACCGAUGGGGCCUGCGAGUUUGAAGACGGCCAUCCUGUCUGCACCAUAGGCGGCAUCCUUUACCACCACCAUGAGGGAAGUUGGAACACCCGCUUCUUCGCGUGCAGAAUGCCCGCUGCUCUUGUUCAAAAGUGGAGCAAUGCCGGCAAGCGCCAUUUGAUUGGACCCGUUGAGUUAUUUGCAGUUGUCGUCGCCAGGCGGCUAUGGGGGUCUUACUUGAAUUCCUCAAGGGCCUUGUUUUUCGUGGACCACUCAGGUGUUCAUGCCGCCUGUGUGAGUGGGACCUCCAGGGACACUGUGUGGCGAUCACUUCUUGUCGAGUUUGAGCGGGCCGAUGCAGUGCCCAUGAUUGGUUGGAUAGCACGUGUACCAAGUCCUAGCAAUCCUUCGGACGCUCCCUCAAGGGGCUCGUCAAACUUUCCUUUCUGGGGCACUUGCUCUUGUGAUCACCCUUCAUGCUGCAUGUCAGGCGAACUCCUGAGCCCGCUUGAGUUGAAGAGGGAUGUCUAA